AUGCAGUGGCCAUGGCGAGGCGACGGCGAUGACCAGGGCAGCCUCAAGAAGAACGACUCGCUGCUGCCCACGUCCAACUACACGCCCAAGAUUACCGGGGCGUCCCACGAUGGCGGCUUCGAGAAGGAAGCCCCGGCGCGACCAGCCUACAACCGCACCACGUCUGCGCAGUCAAGAAGCGUUGCCGAACAGUACUCGUUCAUGACCCCGGCCGAAACUGCCUCUCGACUGCAGACCUCCCUCACACAUGGCCUGGCGCCGGCGUCCGCCUCAGGUCGCCUCCACGACUACGGGCCGAACGAGAUUCCUCACGAUGCGCCCGAACCAUUAUGGCUGCGCUUCGUCAAGCAGUUUCAGGAGCCGCUGAUCGUCCUGCUUCUCGUCUCGGCUGGCGCUUCGAUUUUCCUCGGCAACACUGAUGACGCCGUCAGCAUCACCGUUGCCGUCACCAUUGUGGUCACCGUCGGUUUCGUACAGGAGUAUCGGUCUGAAAAGUCGAUCGAGGCCCUCAGCGGUCUCGUCCCCAACCACGCCCACCUCAUCCGCGGCGAGCAAAAGGGGCCUUCGUCCGGCUCCUGGCCCGUUGGUUCCACGAACGCCAAAGUCGAGGGAGCGCCCACCGAUACGGCCACGGCGAUCGAGGAGGCAUUGGAGGUGGCUUCUUCCAAGGUCAUGGCUGCGCAGCUCGUCCCCGGCGACCUGGUCCUCUUCACUACGGGUGAUCGCAUCCCCGCCGAUAUCCGCGUGACCAAGGCUGCUGAUCUGACCAUUGACGCCUCCAACCUCACUGGCGAGAACGAGCCGGUAAGGGUCACAGCCAACGCCCGCACACGCCCUACACCGACGACACACCUCGGCGGCAGCAACAAGCUCGAACCGCCGAGCCCCGCUGGGUCGGCCGUCUCGUCGAACAGGGACGGCGGGGAUGAUGGCCAGCACAAUGUCGCGUACAUGGGCACUCUCGUCAAAUCGGGCUACGGCCAGGGCAUCGUGUUCGCGACAGGCGGCAACACACACUUUGGUACCAUCGCGACGAGUGUGUCCGGGACGGAAAGCCCCCGUUCGCCUCUGCAGCUGUCGAUGGACGACCUGGGCUCGCAGCUCAGUAAGGUGUCCUUUGUCAUUAUUGGCAUGAUCUCGUUCGUGGGCUGGCUGCAGGGAAAGAAGUUGCUUGAGAUCUUCCAAAUCUCCAUCUCGCUGGCUGUCGCAGCCAUUCCCGAGGGACUGCCCAUCAUUGUGACCGUCACCCUUGCCCUCGGCGUGCACCGCAUGGCGGGACACCACGCCAUCGUGCGCAAGAUGCCAAAAGUUGAGACUCUGGGUUCGGUGAACGUUGUUUGCACCGAUAAGACAGGCACUCUUACUAUGAACCACAUGACCAUCACUAAGAUGUGGUGUUUCGGCUCCAUCGAGGCUUUUGAUGUUGACUCGGAUGACGAGGCCACCGAGACAAAGCCCGACGCCGCAACGCUGCGCAUUCUUCGCAUUGGCAACAUUGCCAACAACGGCCGUCUCGCCCGCCAGUACACUGAAAAUGGUGCGGCUGCCCGGGCUGUGCUCUCCUCUACGCAAGGCGGCGACAACCCUUCCACGUACACCCGGUGGACCGGCCAGCCUACGGAUGUGGCCAUGCUGGAUCUGCUUGAUCGUUUCAAGGAACACGAUGUGCGCGAGUCGAUUGGUACACGCAUCGGCGAGGUUCCCUUCAGCUCGGAGAGAAAGUGGAUGGGCGUCACGAUUGGAGGCGAAGGAAAGAACGACAAGGACUUUUCGUACAUGAAGGGCUCCAUCGACCGAGUUCUCGAGGCUUGCGACACGUAUCUCACGCGGGACGGACGGGAGGUCGUGCUCGACUCUACGCGCCGAAAGGAGGCACUCGAUGCCGCGGAGGACAUGGCUUCCCGCGGUCUGCGAGUUCUGGCCUUUGCCAGUGGUGCCGUCAGGUCAAACAAGAACAAGCCGGCCUCCAACGGCUCGUACUUUGCUGGCUCCGACGACAACUACAAGGGACUGACGUUUGCCGGGCUCGUCGGCAUGAGCGACCCGCCCAGGCCUGGUGUUGGCAAGUCGAUCAGGCGUCUGAUGCGCGGUGGUGUCAAGGUCGUCAUGAUCACCGGUGACGCCGAGACGACGGCCGCUGCCAUCGGCAGGCAGCUCGGUAUGCCGGUUCCGCACGCAGUCGAACACGGCUCGAGCCAGUCCACCGUGCGCCCCGUCCUCAGGGGAGACGAGAUCGAGGCCAUGUCGGAGGAGGAGCUUGCGCAGGCCAUGCAGCACACCAACAUCUUUGCCCGCACAAACCCCGAUCACAAGCUGAAGAUUAUCCGCGCGUUCCAGUCUCGCGGCGAUAUUGUCGCCAUGACAGGCGACGGCGUCAACGAUGCGCCGGCGCUGAAGAAGGCCGACAUUGGCAUUUCCAUGGGUCUGCAUGGUACGGAUGUCGCCAAGGAAGCAGCGGACAUGAUUCUCACAGAUGACGACUUCUCGACGAUCCUUCGAGCGAUCGAGGAGGGCAAGGGCAUCUUCAACAACAUCCAAAACUUCCUGACCUUCCAGUUGAGCACGAGUGCCGCCAGUCUGUCGCUCGUCUUCUUCUGCACCCUGCUGGGACACCCGUCGCCUCUGAAUGCGAUGCAGAUUCUUUGGAUCAACAUCAUCAUGGACGGUCCUCCCGCGCAAUCACUCGGUGUCGAGAAGGUUGACAAGGACGUCAUGAACCGUCCGCCGAGGAAACGGGGCGACGCCGUCCUCACCCGUACUGUGCUCUCCCGCGUCAUGACCUCAGCGGCUAUCAUCAUGACGGGCACCAUGCUCGUCUACCGCCACGAGAUGCUGUCGGAUGGCGAGGUCUCGCGCCGCGACACGACCAUGACGUUUACGUGCUUUGUCCUCUUCGACAUGUUCAACGCCCUGUCGUGCCGCUCCGAGUCCAAGUCGAUUCUCCGUGGCGAGAUUGGUCUGUUCUCCAACGUGCUCUUCAACUGGGCUGUGGCGCUCAGUCUCGUGGGCCAACUGCUCGUCAUCUAUUUCCCUUGGCUGCAGGAGGUGUUCCAGACGGAGGCCUUGGGCUUCUUUGACUUGGUGAGGCUCGUUGUGCUCUGCAGCACGGUGUUCUGGGCAGAUGAAUUUAGGAAAUAUUGGAAGUACGCUCGGCGAAGGAUAGGGGGCGGGUACAGCCAGGCGGUGUAA